AUGAAUUAUGAUAACGAAUCUUCUCAGAAACGGUCUAAAGUAGCUUACAUCUUCAACCAAGACUUGUUGAAAUGGUCUGAUCUUGCUGACAAAGUUCGUCAUCGGGCUAAACUAGUUCAUGGUUUAAUUGAAGCUUAUGGUUUAUUGAAGCACAUGAGGAUUGUGAAUCCUGCCAUUGCCAGUUAUGAGCAGAUGUUACAGUUUCACUCAAGCAAUUACCUACAAUUUCUUCAGUCCAUUAAUGAUGUCGAUGAUGAAGAGAAAUAUAUGGAAGAAGCUGACCAGUACGGUCUGACAUAUGAUUGUCCCACCCACAAAGGCAUUUAUGAUUACAUCAGUCAUAUUGCAGGUAGUACAAUUCAAGCAGCUCAUUGUCUGACAGACAAAAAUGAUCCAUGCCAAGUGGCCAUUAAUUGGUUUGGUGGAUGGCAUCAUGCUCAAAGAGACACAGCUGCUGGUUUCUGUUACGUCAAUGACUGUGUGCUGGCAAUACUAGAAUUGAGGAAGGACUAUGACCGUGUCCUUUAUGUUGAUCUGGAUCUCCAUCAUGGAGAUGGUGUGGAAGAAGCAUUUGCUGCCACUUCUAAAGUAUUUACAGUUUCAUUUCAUAAAUUCUCAGCUGGAUUUUUUCCAGGAACUGGCAAAGCAAAUGACAUCGGCUUUGGGAAAGGUCUUUACCAUUGCGUAAAUGUUCCCUUUAUAGACGGACUGAAAGAUCUGGAGUUUGUUGCUUUCUUUAAAAGAGUGUUGUCUGAAAUUUUCCGAGUGUUUGUUCCGGAAGUCAUUGUUUGCCAGUGUGGGGCUGAUGGUAUUGCUGGUGACCCCAUGAAUUCCUUUAAUCUUACACCUCGAGGUUUGGCUGCCUGUGUACGUUACUUAAACACCUUCAACCUGCCUUUAUUACUUCUUGGUGGAGACCCUCAGGCUAGCAAGCUCUGGAGACUAUGGUACCGUAAUUUUAAUUAUUACUUAUCAACUAUUGCUUCUUUAAACCCGGACAAACUCAAAGUCCUUUAUUUAAAUAUCGGUACUACCGUUGCUGAUGUUAUCGAGGGUUGUUCUGGAUUUGAACAUGCUGUUGAAUUGCUGAGAAGUGUUUAUGACAAGUCUCCACGUGUUAUUCACGCUAGACAUUUGUUGUCUACGCGUCUGCAGCAGGAAAAUGAGUCUGUAGACCAAUAUCUUCAGGCCUUGAAUCGACUUGCUGCUGAUUGUUGCUUCCAAGAUGUUACUGCUACUACUUACAGGGAUGAAUCUGUCCGUGAUGCAUUUAUACGUGGUCUCCGGUCCCUUGUAAUACGUGCCAGAUUGCUUGAAAAUGAUACGCUAACUCUCAAGGAGGCUACUCAAUGUGCUAGAGCCUUAGAACAGGCUCACUUUCGUGCUGAGUCAUACACUUCUCAGAUUGGAUCAACUGCUGCUACUACCACUAGGACUAAAAAUGUGUUUACUGAUUCUGCCGAGGAGGCCACUUCCACUACUAUUACUAAAAAUAUGCUUUCAGACUUAACUGAUUCUCAUACGGAGUGUGACUCUGUACAAUUGUCUGCUGCCUUUGCUCGUGGCAAGUGCUACAACUGUGGAGGAAAACCUCACUUUAAGGAUAAUCGUCGCUAUUGUCCUGCCCGUGAUAAGAUAUGUCGAAACUGUGGCAAACUCGGUCAUUUUUCUAAAGUUUGCCGUUCUACCAUGCCGGCACCUUCACGUUCUACUUCAGCUAUUAUAGUAGCCCGUGCUAAAGACGAUGAUAGUCUGUUUAUCACCUUAUCUCUCUCUCUGUCUGUUUAUCACCUUAUCUCUCUCUCUGUUUGUUUAUCACCCUCUCUUUCUCUGUCUGUUUAUCACCCUCUCUUUCUCUGUCUGUUUAUCACCCUCUCUCUUUCUGUCUGUUUCCAACUAUCUGUCUAA